AAAUAGCGCGGCGCUCAAGCGCUGUCUUGUACACAUAGACAGCGUGGUGCUGAGCUGCGCCAACAGCUAGCCAAUACAGUACACCUGAUUUACCGGCGCAGCACGAACCUGCCUAUCCGCAGCACCUGCCUCCAAGCGCUUAUCAUGGAAGCUAGGGACGACGACGACAUGGCUGGAGCAGCUGCCACGGCUGGAGGAAUGGACGUCGGCGAGGAAGAAGUGGGCACCUUCCCUACUACUCCAGUCGCCGAGCCCCCGAAGUUGCUGCCACCUUACGCGCACAGGACAUUCCCAAAUCCUUCUAAAUAUGAUGAGACGGCUCGCAAGAGGCUUGCAAAGGUGCACCCACGGCUUGCCGAGUGCUACCGCGGCCUGACCGUGGUUUCCCUCGGCACCGGCACCAAAGUCAAGUCGCUGUUCUCGCUGCGCGACCCCAGCAGCGCCGACAACGCCACAGAGGUCAAGUUGGGAUACGGCAAGGCCUGCAAGUGGCUAGAGGAAUUCCAUGCGCGCCUGCUGCUGUUGGCCAGCAGCGCCGGCAGCGGGGCGGGCGCCAGCGGCGGCGGCGAUGCUGCUGGCAGAACUGCCUCCGCACGUGCCAAGCCCCAGUUGCCGGCGCCCAAGCGGCAAAAUCCAUCAGAUCAGCCGACGGCGGCACUUGUGCAGCCGGAUCCGGACCACUCACCAGCGCCGCCAGACAAGAAGCGCCAGCGGAAACUGUCGGCAGCGGCACGGGUGCGGGCGCCGUCGUCGGUGCCGGGGCGCAGCAGCGGCGGCGCGGGCCCAUCCGUCGCUGCCGCCCGCCACUCGCCUGCCACCUGUGCGGGCGGUGAGGGGGCGCAGCCGGUGGAGCAGCGGGUACCUCUGGUGGGGUCGCUGGGGGAUGACUGGUUGCCGCCGCCACAUCCGCAGCAGUCGCCGCCGCCGUCACCACAGCGGUCGCCACUGCACCGCAAGGCCUCGGCCUCGCCACCACCAUCACCGCAUCACCGGCCGCCGCAGGCACAGGCGAAGCCGCAGCGGCAUCAACAGCCGCGGGCGCCGCCGCCACUGCAGCAGCCGCACCAGGAUGUGCCACAGCAGCGGACGCGGCAGCAGGGCACACCACAAAGGCCGGCAGCCGGCGGCGCCGCCGGCGGUGUUGCGAAGCAACCGCCGUCGUCAUCGUCGCCGGCGUUCCGAAAGCAGCAGCACACGCAGCAGCCAUCCACCACGACCACCGCUGAGCCGCCUGCCGCUGCCGGCGCCUGCCGCCUGCCGCCGGCGCCUGCCUUGCCGCCUGCCGCUGCCGGCGCCGCGCCCGCUGGGUCGUCGCCAGCGCCGGCGCCUCUGGGUCCCAUGCAUGGCACCACGCCGCCGACAAAGGCGACAGCAGGGAGCAGCAGUGGGAAGGGGCGGCCGGGGGAGGUUUCCAAGAGCGGCGGCAGCGGCGGCGGCCGCGCACCGCUGGCGGUCGCAGCGCCAGAGGUCUUGGACUUUGCAUUCGUGGGCGCACCUACUGCCAUGCCCCGCCUCCUGCCAAGCUUGAGCAACAGGCCCAGCCUCAGCAACACAUCCAACUCAGCGGCGCGUGAGGCCACCACCAACCCCGGCGCCAGCGGCCCUGCACAACAGCCGUCCACAGCAGCGGCGGCCGCUGCUGCUGCGGCGGCGGCGGCUGCCGCUGCGGUGGCCCCGGCGGUGGGUGAGGCAAAUGCGGUCACCAGCAGGGCCAGGAGUGAUGGCGGCGGCGGCGGCAUCAGCGGCUUCAGUGGUCCCGCAGCAGAGGGUGCUGCUGGAGCCAAUGGAAGGAGGGUCAGCAGCAACGGGGGCAGCGGCGGUGGCAGUGCUUCUGGGGACCACCAGCACCACCACCAGCAUCGCCAGCAGCACCACCAUCACCACCACCAGCAGCACGCGCCACCGCCGUCUCCGCCCCGUGGUUCUACCGGCGGUGCCACGCCACCUCAACAGCAGCCACAGCAUCGGCAUCAGCAUCAGCUGCAACCCCAGGCUCAGGAAGUGUCGCCGCUGCAUCCCGCCUUCUCCGUCCUGGGUGCACCAACCUCACCGCGUUGGUGCCCGCCGCCCUCGCCCGGGACGGGGCCCCCCUCAUCGCCUCUGCGCUGGACCCCGCCACCCUCACCACGCGCCGAGCUGCCGCCGUCUCCGCGCGCCGAGCCGCCGCCCUCACCGCGCGCCGAGCCGCUGCCCUCGUCACGGAGCGCCGAGCCGCCGCCGCCAUCACCAUUGCGGCAUGGCGGCGGCGGCGCGCCCACAGGAGGCGAGCUGCGCCGGUCGCUAUCCAACCCAUGCCUACACGGCGGCAGUAGCAGCGCGCCGCCGGCGGCAGCGGCUGUAGCUGGCAGUAGCGGCAGUGGUGAUGCUAAUGGCGGCGGCGUGGUGGUGGUGCUGGACGAGUCACUGGCCAACACACGAGACCUGCGGCGGCUGCAGCAGCUGGUGACCUCACUGCAGUGCGCCAGCAACGACCGUGCCGCCGCCGCGGCUUCCGCUACACCCACACCCUCACCGCCGCCGCGGGCCCGCAUCAUAGCCAGCUACUCGCUGCUUCAGAAGCUGCGUGCCGCCUUUCCGCAGCAGCACGGCGGCAGUAAGGAUGACUUACCAGUCAUUGCCAGCGCCCCGCUCCUUGCGCUCAAUGACGUGCUUGCGCCUGCUGCGUCCAUGUCUGCUGCGCCGGCAGCUGCCGCUGCUGCUGCUGCUUCUGCGGACUGCCGCUUCACAUCUGCCAAGGCUGCGUACGCCCGGUUCUACGACGACCUGCAACGGCGCGGCUGCACGUCAGGCCCUGCAGCGCUUGGCCCAUCGGUGGUGCCGCUCGCCUCCAGCCUCUACCUGGCGCGACUGGAGGCGGACGCGGCAUCACCGGUGCAGGCGCAUGUGGGGAGCACGGGCCCUGCUGGUGCCCGAUCCUCAUGGCAGCUGCCGGCAACAGCCCUAAUCGUGGUGGUUGAUGAGCUGGAUGGAUUUGCGGGUGCGGCGGCAGGCUCCAGGAACGGCAGCGCGGGUUGUGGCGCUCUGGUGCCAGUGGAGAGCCUGCCUGCGCACCCAGUGACCGGGGAGGCGCCGGGCCCCACCACCAAGCGCUGGACGACGGUGGUGACGCUGGCGCAGGCGGUGCGGGCGGCGGGCCCGGCCGUGGCGCGGCACGGCGGGCAGCGGGUGGUGGCGGCUCUGCGGGGGCUGGCGGCGCAGGCGGCUGUGCGGCAGUGCCUGCGUGUGGUGGCGGCGCCGGGCGCGGCGAUGCGGAAUGAGCUGCGGCUGUGGUGCGAGGUGCUGGGCGCCGACGAGUAGAUUGCAUUCCGUGUGAUUUGGUGUUUGACCUAGUUUGGCUGCUUGGGCGGGCAUGGUGCUCUUGCGCGCUGCCGUACGGCAAGUUACGCUGCCGUACGACACGAGAGGUCGUCGGACGUGUAAGGGGAAGUACUUUGUUGUGUGUUGUGUGUUGUGUGGUUGAUAGGUCCUGGGUACGCAGCCUGCGACGAACCACGGAAACUGAGGCGCUGAUGAAGUGCAGGGUGUGGGCGUGCUAUCCUGCUAAAGUGAGCCGCAGUGCGCUCCUUUCCCAUACCCUUUCAGUGUGCCGCGUUCGAACUUCGAAGAAAGUGGCCGUGGCCAGGGGUCAGGAAUAAUUUGUGCGGAACUACGAGGUGCCGGCUACGUGCCUGACGGCGCUGGUGGAGCUAAAGUCCGGCUGAGUGGCUGACCCGCCGACGACUUACUUGGGACAUGUUUGCGUUGAGGGUAGGUACAGUGAC